AUGGCCUCACAAGCUCAAAAUAUCUAUGAUAAUUCCGCUUUUUUCUUGGCUUACGGAACACUUCCUCGUUCGCAACAUGGUCUACCAGCCGCGCCAGAAUGGCCUGAGCUUCGACACAUGGUAAUCGACAGCAAAUUGCCUUCGAGCAAUUUGGCUCAGAGCCUAGAAGGACAGCGUGUUCUUGAUUUAGGUUGCGGGUAUGGUUGGUUCGCGCGAUGGGCCCGGGACAAUGGCGCUGCUUACGUCAAAGCAGUGGAUAUUUCCCACAAAAUGAUUUGUCGAGCAAAGCAAUUCGAAACCGAUAUCAAGGAGAGUCCCUCUCAUCUCGACUCGAGUUCUAUCGAGGAAAUCACCUUCGAAACAGGAGACAUUGAGUCAAUUACCUUUAGCGAUAACCGAGAAAUGGGGUCUUAUAACCUUGUUUAUAGUUCUCUAACAUUCCAUUAUGUUGAGGAUUUGGCAAGGCUGUAUCGAGAGAUCCAUUGCUCUCUUCGACAACGCGGAAAACUUGUGUUUUCGGUCGAGCACCCUAUAUGUUCGGCGCCUAUUCGCCCAGGACCAAGCUGGAAAACCCUCCAAGAAAACGACCAGGAACGGAAGAUAUGGCCAUUGAAUUGCUAUAGUGACGAAGGGUGGCGGGUGACGAGCUGGCUCGGAGUUGGCGGUAUUAGGAAAUACCAUCGAACUGUGGAAACAUACGUGAAUCUCCUCUUGGAGAGCGGCUUCACCUUGACUGGUUUCAAAGAUUGGGCUCCCUCAGUAGAGGACGUGGCUAAGCACCCCGAGUGGACGGAUGAGAGACAUCGCCCUUAUUUCUUGAUUAUCUCGGCAGAGAAAAACUGA